AUGCUCUCACUAAAUCCAAUCCACCCCAUCCAUCCCUCCACAACCUCCCUCUCAUACUCUUCGUCUGAUUCGCCAUCUUACUCCACUUUCCCACUCUCAAGUCCCCAUUUUCCCAUCCUCGUGACUCAAGAUGACGCUCAUGAGCACUACCACGCCAGGAAGAAUGAGCUACGGCCAGGUCACAUGGAUGUAGGUCUCUUCGCGAUAUGA